AUCGUUGUUACAAUGCGUUGGUUGACAGUCUGCCUGCUUUACACUCUACCAAUCUUUGAAGUUGACUGUAAUGAAACGAUCGUCAAUGUGCGUGGCAAAGUGAAAACAAUUAUAGAAUCAGUUGAGACCGAUUGUGAUCAUGAUUAUGUGGAAUACUUUGAUAUAGUGCCCAACAAGAUCUUACUCUUCACUUUUCGUGUCGCCAAGGUGGCGCCAUCUUUCAACCUCACCAUCACCACGCGAUCCGCAAAGACCAAGAGGGUUAUGUACAAGAUCACCGUGGAUGGCUGUCCGUUUCUUAGCAAUCCCAUCAUAAACAAAGUCUUGGGUUCUACCUAUCGUAAGAUACUGGUUAAUACCACCUUCAAGUGUCCCAUUCCACCAAAGGUUUACUUUAUGAAAAAUGUAGCUGCACUUUUUGCAAUGCCCGUGUUUCAUCCCGCUGGACAAUUUCAGAUGAAUGCUCGCAUCAGAAUGCCACAGACCAAUGCACCUUUCGUGAUGGAUAUUAACUGGAAAUAUAGUAUAGAACAUUUGAAAUAAAUACUGACUAAUGAUGUGUAACAAAACUUAAUUUGCUGUUUAUAAAUUGCUCUUUAAUUUACGUGCAACGUAGAUAAAAUGUUUAAGCAAUUGUUGUUGACUUUUCAUUGGGAAUAGACUGCAAGAAGUUCGCAAUGUGGGCACCUCAUGUUUGCCUGCUGAGCACUCUACUGGUCAUUGCAAUGGA